GCUACUCCAGGGGUUGGGAAAGCAAUAUUUCUUUUGACCUCCAGCAUUUGUCCAUCCACCCCAACAUUUGUUCACCCACAACAAAUAAAGAACCUUUUGUGGAUUCCAAGUGCCUGGCAAAUCUUUGGCGAUACAGACUCUGACAGUGAGCCAGAGACGGCUAUAAAGAGGAGAUGCCACAAUGUCCUCCCCUGUCCAGUACCACCUAUUCCUCCCCCUACUCCUGACAAUGAAGCUUGCCAGACUACUGCUAGACCUCUCCUAGACCAGAGGCAGACGGAAUCUUAUUUUACUGUGCCUCAAGUUGCAACACGUGUCUCUCACACACCAUCAAGCUCUAUGGGCCAGAUCUCUGCCACGCCUCUGUUAGAUGAGCAUUUCUUUAGGCCCACAUUUAGACUGGGGAAGACAGGCACUGGACCAAUUCCAUGCUCUGCUGCUCAGCUGCACAUCCUAACUUUAUUGGAACAUGUGAAGGAACAGCAAAUGGCGAUUGCUGCUGCUGUGAACAAUCUUGCUUCAAGACUGGGGACAGAGGCUCCUGUGUCUAAAAUGCCUAAAGACAUCAGUAUCCCCCUGACCACUGUGCCUGAAGUUGAGGAGUUUGAGGAAUGGCUUAAAGACUCAAGAAAUUCACAAGCUAAACAAAACAUGAUAUCUGCUCUGGGUGCUGUUGGAGGUCAAAACACCAAAAGAGUGACAUGGAACAUACUUUCAAGGCUUUACUCAGAUGCAGUAGCCAAACAAAUAAACUGGAAAGGAGUCAAUGGGAAGAAGUGCUUUAAGGAAAUGCUCACAAGAAGUUUGUUGAUCAGGGCUAUAAGAAAGAACCAGUCUUCGACCAAUGCAGCAGACAGUGAGAUAGAUUCUUAUGCCAUCCGUUGGUUCAAUCUUGCUCCUGACCGUGGCGGUGGCCGGAAAGAGCGUUCAAGAGUCAAACAGGCGUUAACUGAGAUGGCCCAUGGGAAUUAAAUUGUUUGACUGCUCUAUCUGAUUGUGUUUUUAGUUCAUUGGGAUAAAUCUGUUAUUAUUAGUAUUCUCUGUUUUGCUCUGACCACAUUGUUUGGACUCAGGGGACCAACUCCUUUAGUUGCACAGUUAAAAAAAUAGUAAAUAAAU